GUCGCGCCGUGAGAUUGGAGAGCAGAGAUGGGCGACGAGACCCGGAGCAAGUUCAAGCGGAUUUGCGUCUUCUGCGGCAGCAACUCUGGCAACCGAACAGUCUUCAGCGAUGCAGCUCUUGAUCUGGGUCGCGAACUGGUGAGGAGAAGGAUCGAUUUAGUUUAUGGUGGUGGGAGUGUGGGAUUGAUGGGUCUGAUUUCACGGGCAGUUUAUGAUGGAGGUUGCCAUGUUCUUGGGGUUAUUCCUCAAGCUCUCAUGCCCCUUGAGAUAUCUGGAGAGACUGUGGGGCAAGUAAAAAUUGUUUCAGACAUGCAUGAGCGAAAAGCUUUAAUGGCUCAACAAGCUGAUGCAUUUAUCGCACUUCCCGACAUUGUAGGAGGGUAUGGAACAAUGGAGGAGGUGAUGGAGAUGACAACAUGGUCACAACUUGGAAUUCAUGAUAAACCAGUUGGCCUAUUAAAUGUUGAUGGCUAUUACAACUCCUUGCUUGAACUAUUUGAUAAUGGCGUGCAAGAAGGCUUUAUAAAGCCAGCUUGUAGACAUAUAGUGCUUUCUGCUUCAACUGCAGAUGAAUUGCUUACAAAAAUGGAGCUAUAUACUCCUUUGCACAAAGAAGUUGCUCCGCGACAGAACUGGGAGAUUUCCCAUCUAGGUUACUCCAAGGCUCCAAGCUCACCCUGAAGAACUGAUUCAUGUGAUUCUUUGCUUGACAGUUUGUGCCUGAGAAGCCUCUGGCUGUAAGAGCUGUUCACUGAAGAACUGCUCUCACUUUGACUUUCCAAUAAAAGUAUUGGUGCUCAUAAUUGUGAAUCUA